AUGGUGCGGAACAGCGCCAGCACGAAAACCGGAAGGCAGACAGAAAACGCAAUGAUUGGAAUGAUCACGUGCCUUGCUUCUGUGCAAAAUAAUGUUAGCGGUAUGACGGAUGUCAGUCAAGUCAGCUUACGUGGUAGAAUGAAACUGUCAUCGUACGGUCCGAAACCCUGCGAGCCAUUGGUCAAACCUGCGGCCAGAACAGCCAGGGUUAAUGAUCGCGUGCGGAGACGAACUUGUGCCGCCGCCAGCGUAAACGUGCAAAUGGGUGGCCACGGCGAAUGGAAACGGCAAACCGCACUCACUCGUCACCGUCAGCGAUUGCCGUGA